CGAGAUGGUGGUAGGAAAUGGUUGGGAAGGGCGGCGUGUGGCAAUAAAGCGGGUGGGAGUCCCGGAGGCAUUUGGAGAUCUAUUCCUACAUGCAGUUAGGAAAGUGUGACUCUUUUAUAGACCAGUGGCAUGUUGGAGAUAAAUGUCUUGCACCUUUUCCUGAAUUUGGGAAGCUUUGUGAUGCUACAAUAAUGUCCUUUGAAACAGAUAGCGAUGGGAAGGUUUCCUUUGGGGAAAAUCUGGAAGAGAAAAUACUUACAACCAAACUCUCCCGGGUCAAAACGAAUAAAACUGCAAAGAAGAACUUAAUAUUCGAUGAUGAAGAUUUGGAAAAGCCUUAUUUUCCUGACCGAAGGCUUCCGUCACCAGCAGUUGCCCUUGAGCUGUCCACAGAUGGGGAAGAGAUCCCUUACACCAUUAAUAGAUAUCUACGUGAUUAUCAAAGAGAAGGGGCCCAGUUUUUCCAUGGACAUUAUGUUCGUAAAAGUGGGUGCAUUCUUGGAGAUGACAUGGGGCUUGGGAAAACAGUCCAGGUUAUUUCAUUUCUGGCUGCAGUGCUAAAGAAAAAGGGGACACGUGCAGAUAUUGAAAAUAAUAUGCCUGAUUUUUUGCAGCGAAUGAUGAGAAAAGAAAUGUCAUCUGUUCUGAAGAAAACUUUCUUGAUUGUGGCACCUCUUUCUGUGCUCUAUAACUGGAAAGACGAAUUAGAUGCCUGGGGGUACUUCAAGGUUGUAGUUCUGCAUGGCAACAGAAAAGAGUAUGAGUUAAAUCGAAUCAAGCAGGGAAAAUGUGAGAUUGUGCUAACAACCUAUGAAGUACUUCGUCUUUAUUUGGAUGAGCUUAACAGCUUACAAUGGUCAGCUGUCAUUGCAGAUGAAGUACAUAGAGUCAAGAAUCCAAAAUCUCAAAUAACUCAGGCAAUGAAGGCUCUAACAUGUAAAGUUCGGUUGGGACUUACUGGAACAAUUUUACAGAACAACAUGAAAGAGCUUUGGUGUGUAAUGGACUGGGCUGUACCCGGGCUCUUGGGUAGCGAAGCAAGUUUCAAGACAGAGUUUUCUGAUCCUGUAGAACUUGGCCAGCGGCACACUGCAACCAAAAGAGAGCUAGCCACAGGCCGAAAGGCAAUGAAGAGGCUAGCUCAAGAACUAUCCAGUUAUUUCUUAAGGCGUACAAAAACUCUCAUCAAUGACCAGUUGCCCAAGAAAGAAGACAGAAUGGUAUAUUGUUAUCUGACAGAGUUCCAGAGAACAAUUUAUAAGACUGUAUUGGAGACAGAAGAUGUGCAGUUAGUGCUGCGGGCAUGUGAACCAUGUAGCUGUAGAAGUGGCCAUAAAAGGAAGAAUUGUUGCUACAAAACAAAUGCUCAUGGCGAAACAAUGAAUGCGUUAUAUUUCAGUUAUCUGACAGUCCUUCGUAAGAUAGCAAAUCAUGCUGCCCUGUUACAGACAGAGAAUACUAGCAAACAGCAGGAGGCCCACAUCACAAGGAUCUGCAGCCAUGUUUUUUCCAAGUUUCCUGAUUUUGUGCACCUUAGCAAAAAUGCUGCUUUUGAAACUCUUUCUGAUCCACAGUAUAGUGGGAAAAUGAAAGUCCUUCAGAAACUUUUAUAUCAUUUCAGAAAAAACAAGGAUAAAGUGCUACUUUUUUCUUUUUCAACAAAGUUGCUUGAUGUUCUGGAACAAUAUUGCAUGGCAUCUGGGCUAGAUUACAGAAGACUUGAUGGAAAUACAAAGGCAGAAGACAGGGUCAAAAUAGUAAAAGAGUUCAACAGCAUGGAAGAUGUUAACAUUUGCCUGGUUUCUACAAUGGCUGGUGGAUUGGGUCUUAAUUUUGUUGGUGCUAAUAUUGUUAUACUGUUUGAUCCAACAUGGAAUCCAGCUAAUGAUCUUCAAGCCAUUGACAGAGCAUACAGGAUUGGCCAGUGUAGGGAUGUGAAAGUAUUUCGGCUAAUCUCUUUGGGGACUGUGGAAGAGAUGAUGUACUUACGACAGGUUUACAAACAGCAACUGCAUUGUGUAGUGAUUGGAAGUGAAAAUGCCAAGCGAUAUUUCAAGGCAGUUCAAGGAUCCAAAGAGCAUCAGGGAGAACUUUUUGGUAUUCGUAAUCUUUUCAGGCUUCGAGACCAUGGAUCCUGUCUUACAAAAGAGAUUCUAGAGAGGGAAGGCCAAGUAGAAGCCGGUGUCAUGACAGCUGCUACAUGGUUGAAAGAGGGAUCCCGGCCUCAUGAGGAGGCAGAGUGUAAUUAUGAAGAUCAAGAUACAAAACCAUUAGAAAAGGAAGGACUUGAUUGUUACAGUGACUUCAGUGAUGAGGAGCAUGAGAGAAAUUCUAAGGUGCAAGCAAGAAACAGAAAUUACAAAGCAAAACAUAGUAAAGUUCCACAGGGACAACUCAGUUUACUGCAGUGUGGAUUUCCUAAACUUCUAGAAAAGAAAACUAGAACAGCUGAGGAUGGCAAUUGCAUUGGUAUGUCUGUUGAUGAAAAUGCUGAUCACAAAUGUAAGAGACAGCAAUCCAAAGGAAAGUCUCAGAAUGAUGGUUCUGUGAAAAUUGGGGACCCAUAUAUUUCAGGAUGUAAGAAAACCUUGGUGUCAAAAAUGAGAACUGAGAGACAAGAGAAGCAUGGUGAAAUAGCAAAUAGUGGUUAUCCUGUUUUACCAUGCUCUGAGGAAGAAAAGGAUCAAUGUAAAAACAUGAAUAAUUCAAAUAAAAUUGGGAUAGUUAUGGACACUGAAGACAACUCAACUGAAAAUGAUAUCUUUGGUUCCCAAGUUCCUAACAAUCAGGAAUCUAUUAAAAGUUUUCAAGAGACAACCAGAAACUGUGAAGUUUUAGCUGCAGAAAAGAAGCUUUUGCUUACAUCAUUGCAAAAACAUUUGACCAAGCAGAGUUACACAAGUGUUCUGCCUUUCAGUAAAACAAAACCAACUAUGAAAGAAGUAAGUGAUGCUAGUGAUGAAUCUGAUGAUAUUGAGAUGUCCAAUUCAGGAAAGCAGAAAUUCACCAGUACUGCGAAACAAAAACAAUUCCAGAACAAGGAAGGAUAUAAGUCUUCCAAAACUGUUGUUCACAGAAGCAGUUCAAGCAGGGGAGAAAGCAAUGCUGAUUCUCAGAUUAUAGAGGAAUAUUCAUCAGAAGAAGAAAGCUUUCCAGUUAAGACGGUUAAUGCUAAUAAAAAAAAACUAACGCUAAAGGGUGAUAGGUGUGGAAUUCAGAUUAAGUCCAGAUUCUCACCAUACCUCAAUUAUCCUUCUAUGACACUGAAAACACACAGUAAUUCCAACAGAUACCAGCCUUCUGUCAGAAAAGAGUCAUCGUCAGGCCAAGGACAAAAAGUAGGAUCACUGGAUGGACUUUUUGAUAAUGUUGCUGAAGUUCCAUAUGUUCAUUCAAACCAAGCGGUGGUUGGCCCAAGCAAGGCUGAAAAUCAGAUGAGUCACUGGGCAGUGCGAGAUGUUUUUGAACUACAACAAUUUUCCCAGCUCCCAGCAAACAUAGCAGUAUGCAGAGCCAAGAAAAGCAGACAGAAUUCUGAAGAUGUUUCAUCAAGGAGAAAAAAUAUGAAGAAGGAUCAUUCAGCAAAUGAAACCAGCAGGCCUUCUCUUCUUUAUAUUACACAUCCUGUACACCAGAAGCAGAAGAGGAUUCACCAGAUAGGCUCAAUUACCUUCUUGCUUGGAAAGACACCUAGAAAAAUCUGCAGGAAGCAGUUCGGCGAGUUGGCAAAUCUUUUUCAUAAAGCUCCUGUGGAAGAAUUUGCAAAGUACAUCACUCAAACAACAUCAGAAGACAGACAGAAAAUGUUGAAAGAAUUUUAUAGUGCGAAAUAUCCAGAAUUAAAAGAUCUGUUAGAAGUUGAUGUCCCAGCUUCUGUUCCAGAAGGAAGUGAGGAAGGCAGUGUGUAUAAAACCAAGUUCAGGAAAAAAACCUCCAUUUGUAACCAUGGGCAACUGAAGCCUGAUCUUUCCACAGAUCUGGGUGAUCCAGGUAGAUCUGAUACAGAAGAAAAAGAAUUUCAAGAUAAGCUUUCUAUACCGGCUGCUGGGGGUCAAAAUGGGGAAAAUAAACAGUUGCCAGCUGAUAUUCUCGAAGACAGCAUUAGUGGGAGAAACAGUCAGGCAUCCAAAGAUUUUAUGGCAUCUGAGUCAGUAAUCAGUAAAUCAAGAAUAAUUGAGGGGCUGUCUGCAAGUAAUACUAAAGGACAGCCGAACUUGAAGGGGACACCGUCGCCCAAAAAACUCUUUAUGUCUGAGUCGGAAAACAGACAGGCUCAAAUCUGCAAGAAAAAUGCUGUUGCAGACUUGCUAGGAGACACCUCUAUUUUAAAUGACCUCUUCAAAAGUAAUGAAAAUAGUCCAGCCGAGAUACCCAGGAGGCCUCUUAAUGGGCCUGCCGAAAAUGCAGCAACUCGACCAAAAGAUUUCUGGGACAUGCUGAAUGAAGAGAAUGAGGAGUGUCUCCAAAGACUCACAGAUGUGACAGCCAUAGAGAAACUGUGUGAAAGAGUGCCUUUUGCUUCUUUGUCCAAAGAGAAGAAGGAGGGUGAGAAAUCACUUUGGAAGGAAAAUGCCAAUUUUUUAUGGAAAAUAGAUAAGAAACCUGACACAGAUUAUGAAUCUUUCUCUGGUACAUAAUGUGGAAUUUAAAUAUUGGGAAAACAAGACAAAAUGUUCCCAGGUGUCCUGAAGUUAAGUUUUAUUCCCAGAACUGGCUUAAUGCAUUUAAUUAAUUUAACUUAAUGCACUUCAAGGUUUUUUUUUCUUUUUCAAGGAUACCCUCCUUUCAGAAAUCUUUUGAAAGAAAAUAUCUACUUAUUUCUGAGCCAUUUUCUAUCUGCAACUUUGAGGAAGUUGCAAAGAAAGAAAAAUAACAUUGAGUGAGGGCAUUUUUCCCCCCGUUUUCUGUAUUUUGCAUGGGAGCUGAAUCAAGUCUAUCUGAUUUGAAAAAGCAAUUCAGUGAACAGCCUUUCUGCACAUUUGCAAAAGGCAAGUGAAUCACUGGAUCAAUUUGAAGGAGAUCAGUGUCAUUUGAUGCAAAUUGGCAAUAUGGUUUCAAAAGUUUAUUUGAUUUGGAGAUUUUACCAAAUAGUCUUGUAAUUAAAUAUCUGCACUGAAAUUUUCCCUUGCCUACAAAGCAUUAUCCUUCCCUGUAUGAAAAACCAGCAUCAUGAGCAGGCUAAGGAGAAUAUCAUUUUCUUGCAUGCAAGCUCUGAGGUCACCCACAUUCCUCCCUUUCUACUUAGUUAAGUGAUAUGUAUUUUGAUCAUGUAUUUAGUGUGGUCAGGGCACAACAUAAAGAGCAGAUACUAUAGUCUCAUGCAGUGAGAAAGUACUAUAUUCUUUUAAAUUUAUCAUGCUCUGUUGAUCUUUGGACUGUAAGGGUUUCUGUUACAUUUUUGAAAUUGUCUGCUGCAGUUGAAAACUAGAUAGGAACUGCAUUGAAAACAAUAUAGGGUGUGUUUGGACUUGCAAAUAAAAGCAAAAUUAUCUGUAAAUACUUGGGAAUCAGUGGGUUAUGUACAAAUUGAAUCUUACUUAGAAUAGAUUCAUCAAAAUAACGGGACUUUUACAUUUACAUUCCAAUUUUUCAGUAGGUCUACUCUGAGCAUUAUUAAGUUUGGAUACAACUCAAAAUGUUCUGGAAGUACAGAGUGUAUUAACAGGAGAUAGUUGUACCCUACAGCAGUACAGGGCUGCAGUACAUGAAUUACUAUUUUUUAUCUACUUAAAACUAAGAUUACCUGUGUAUGAAAGUACCCAGAUAGUAACUAGACCUUUGUUACUUUUCAUUAAAAAAAUGAAUUGUUGUGUUUUAAUGAAAUAAAUUUAAAAGACUUCUUUAAAAAAGAAAAUCUUUUAAUAUCUGAAUAGAAUAACUAUUCUUUGUGUGUGGUAUAUCUUCUUGGAUCCAUAAGAAAUCUGGAUGUUAGAGUUUAAAGCAUAUUAAAAAGACAAGUCAAUUGCAAUGUUCUGCUAUCAUCAAAUUUUUAUGAUUUGAAAUUUUUGGUAGCAGUAUACUUCAAUGCCUCAUUGAAAUAAAGGAAAAUCUCUCAGCAACCUUUGCUGAGUAGAUUUCACCGUUUGGCUUCAAUACAGAAUUUUUACAAAUCAGCAAAAGUCAUAUUAUGACAUUGGCUAUGUUACCUGUGAGCAGCUCUCUCUGUGUGUAUUUUAAACUUACUUUAAAAAUUGCCUAACUGCAUUUCACCAAAACUGGUACCUGAAUUGCCAAGUGGUUGUGACAGGUACAUACAAGCUGAUUAGGAAACUUUAACUUGGAUAACGUUAUUGUAAACCAUCUGUUUGAAAAUAAAAGUAUUUCUUUCUUAAA